AUGAAAGACCCAGAAAGCCCACAACGCAAAAAAUCGGUGGGUUUUGCGCCUCCUCCCGAAGAACUCCAGUCUCAUCACCAAGAUUUGGCCGAGAUCCAACACGAACGGGCCAAAUCUCACCCUUUCCACAAGAUCCCUCCUGAAUUGGCGUACUUGGAGAAGAAAGGACAAGGCUUGGGGCCCAAGGCCAUCAUCACGCCUGAGGUUAAGCGUAACCAUGCAACCUACAAGAUCUCGGAGUUGGGAGACUUGAGAAACACAUCAAUCAAGGACAUCUCUGUCCAGAACAAGGAGACGGAGUUGAACUUCAAUUACCCCAAGAUCGACUUGUUUCUCCCUCCUUACAAGCUCUUGGUCGACACCAAGUUUGCGUCGCUCCAAUCGUUCGACUUGGCCAAGAUCAACAAGUACUUGCUUAAUUUGAGCAACACCAAGUUGGGGUUGGGAUUCGAGUUCUCGGGGCUCGUCAUCAGGAUUGGAAGCGGAAUCAAGGACUUUGCAGUGGGAGACAUCGUGGUGGGGAUAGUGGAUCCUCUCUCUCGCAAGGGCUCAUUGAGUACCAGUAUUUUGGUCACUCCUGGCAAGGAUUCGUUGUUGAAGAUCACCCCAGAGGAAUUGGAGCUCUUGGACAAGAUUGACAUUGGCUUGCACCUCGGUGAAGACCGUGGAGCCGAAGCCUCCAAGAAGUUCGCAAUCGAAGAAGACGACACUAAUGAAUCGAUAAAUAUCGAAACUAUCGAAACACUUCAGAUGAAGAGCAGCAACUAUACCAAGCAGCCCGAACUUACUCCAUUGGCCAAGGUUUCAGCUUUCCCGGCAUUGUACUGCAGAGCCAAGCUGGUUCUCAGUCAUUUAAUUAUUCACAACAAUAAAGCCAACGUACUCAUCAAUGGUGCCGAUACUAACCUCGGGUUAACAUUGGUGCAGCUUUUGGCCUCUAAAGUAUACAAUUUGGACCAACUCAAUUUGAUCUUAAUUAUCAGAGAGAGCAGCGUUGAAUCCAUGAGGUCGUUCGUGAAUUUAUUCUCCAAAGGAGAAUUCUAUGACCCUUCGAGAAUCGUUAAGAUAACCUUGGUCACCCAUGAUAUGGCUAAUGAGGAUCUCACGUUGCCAGGUAAAAAAGCACCAACCACCUACAAGAAACUCGACUUUUUUGCAUCCCAGGUUAUUGAGGGAUUGUUCAAGACCCAAUACUAUGACGACGAUAAGUUGAUUGGCUUGGACAAUAUUAACGACUACAAGCUUGAUCUUUUUGUGGAUAUUGUGGGAAACAAGAAGUACUUUCAACACACUGUCAAGUUUGACACUCUUGAUGCCAUCAAGUUACCUAUCCACGACCACACCAGCAAUACCCUCGACGAGUUAUUUAACGGGAAGGUCAAGGAACCAUUCAUUCUCAAGUUAUUAAAACCCAAAAAGACAGGUUCCAGCUUCGUCUCAUGCUGCAGAUUUACGGUAUCGCAACCAACUUAUAAGAUUGAGAAAUUACUUGAAUCCAACGAGCCAACUUUCUGGGGUAGCAAGUGGUCCAACGGGAUUCUUAACACCAUGACAUAUUAUAAUUACUUCGAGGAGAUUGACUUCAGGAUCUCCGAUAAGUGGUUGAGGGAGGGGUUAGACUUGUUUUUGGAGGGAAGAUUGAAGUUCCAGAUAAACCACUUCAUUGACUGGCGGAACGACUUCAAGAAGUACAUCAAGGACUUGUGGGUAGAUGACGGCAAGAUCCUCUUCAAGGUAGAGGACUUUUAG